AUGGAGCGGCUCCAGGGGCUGUCGCUCCACGAGAAGCUAGCGUACUUUUACUGCUCGUAUGUACAUGAAGAAUCUAUUGACCCUGAAGUAGAUGGUGAUGCCGUACGACUGUGGGAGAAGAUAAUGACGUCUCGUCGUAAGUCUCGUGAGCGCGUGUGUAUUUUACUAAACCAAACAGAGAACACCUCGGCCGUGACCGUGCGCACGCUGGACAAAAGCUAUCGAGCUAAGCGUGAGCUACUGCUGUUAUCAGAGGGAACGAUACGUACGGUAUCAAGCAGUAGUGUCGUCUCAUCUGGUCGUGGGGGCGUCUUGGCACAGUUAGAAGUAGCUCGAGCAAAUAAUGAGCUGCUGCAGGAAUGCGGUGCCCUUUCAGUGUUUACCGAGCGUCUGCAGCGCUCAAUUCAUGCCUUUCGUGGACUGAACUUUCAGCAUUUGAAUAUGGAUCAAGUAGACGCACUCAUUAACGACUUGCAGCAAGAUAUGGUGCUGCUGUACUUGCUGAUUGUGUUUAACUCGCACAAGAAGAACGUUGUAUUUGACCGCCAGCUUAUGAUGGUUGGUAUCAUGGACCCUUCGUACUCCCUGGUGUCGAUUCUCGACUGUCUGAGUCAGCUGAAUGUACUGCCUGGUUUUCCAAUCAAGAGACUACUUUUGCUAUUCUACGAGUGGUUUUCUGCUGUUUUGGGCAGCUUUCACGAUCUUACUGCACUGAAGCGACUGCGUCGUGCACGUAGUGACAUUGAUCCGUCGAUUUUGAAAGAUGAUGCAGAAGGCGUGCUACAUUGCAAGACGUUCAAGCCGUAUUAUGAUACGAUCCAACUCGAUACGCAGGACCCGUACUACCUGCAAAAAAGAAGUUUUCAAAGAAGCUCUGAUAGUGCUGAUCUGGCUACGAAACCGCUGGAGGCCCUUGAUGACGAAUGGGAAGUGCGUAUCGAAACCUUGUACCAACUUUUCUUGCCCUGUAUGCGGGACUAUACUACCUUCCUUGGUAACCUUGUGACACUGUCUUGCGGAAGCGCACUGAAUGCGCGUGAUAAGAAGACUUUCUACUCUCGGAGACCGUCUGGUGCUGACCAAUACAACAUGGCAGAUUUCUCUGCACCCGGCGGCGAGAACAGCAACGAUAAUUUGUUUUGGAAGUGGAUUCUCCGCGAGAAGACAAUCGUUCUGGAUGUAUCAAAUCUGAUUAUCUUGCUCGUUUACAAGCACUUUCGGGCAAGCCAUGCGUGCAAGGCGGAAUACUUCAUGCAGUUUUUCCUCGAGGCUAACGUGCUGGCAACGCUAACCAAAUUCAUGAACAAGGAUAUUAGCACAUAUCUGCAAGUGUCUCGUCAAGAAUCAGACGAGUCUAAGAUGGGAUUCUUUGCGCUUGAGAAGGAGCUGGACAAACACACUAUCCGCUUUGAGGAAGACAUGAAUGAAUACGCUAUCCAAUCUACACGGACGAUUACGACCAUACUGAGGAUUCUGCAGAAACUGACGAAAAGAAAGCCUAAUAUUAUCAAAAAUGCUCUAUGUCGAGGGCAGACGAUAGUCUGGUUAAAGCGUGUGGCGGCUCUGAAGAUUCCAUUGCCACGCCUGUAUGCUUUGAAAUUGGUGAAAUCGCAGGCGAAGUAUUUAGGCCAUCAGUGGGUAAAGAAGUACACGUGUUUCAACAUGCUCACGGAUGUGUAUUUGUACGUACGACCGGAAUUAGAUGACGACUGGUUGCACUACGAAGAUGAGGACUUAAACAAGCCUCCGUCGCAGGAUUCGGUGGAGAGGAUUAUUUUUGGUGAGAUGCAAGCGUAUCACCACAAACAUUACUUUGAUUCUCCUUUUGGAGGUAUCAAGCCACUUCCUGGUGGAGCUUCGUUGAUUUGCGAAGACCGCAAGGAGCUCAGCUCGGACUCGUUUAUCUUAGAUGGUGGACGCUUGGCAAGAAUGUACAGCAGCAUUAAGCUAGACCCAGCCAACUUUUGCAAACAGUACGAGAGUUGGCUCGACGCUGAGAAUCUCACACGUGACUUAAAAGCGGAUAUGGCAUCACUUCCCAUUCCGUUUCAGUGA